AUGCCUUUGGGCAAACAAGUUUAUCGACUACUUUCAACAAAAUCUAUGGCUCCUAUAACGAAACAUUACGACUAUUUGGUCAUUGGUGGUGGCUCUGGCGGUGUUGCGUCUAGCAGAAGAGCAGCUUCGUACGGAGCGAAAACACUUUUAGUCGAGGCAAAAGCCAUGGGAGGGACGUGUGUGAACGUGGGGUGUGUGCCCAAGAAGGUUAUGUGGUACGCUUCGGAUUUGGCUACUCGCUUGACGCAAGCUAACGAGUACGGCCUUUUUCAAGAAAACGAGCUAACUCGUGAGAAACUGACAUUCAAUUGGGCUCAAUUCAAAGAGAAAAGAGACGCCUAUAUCAAGCGUUUGAACGGCAUAUACGAACGGAACUUGGCCAAAGAAGGCGUAGACUACGUCUACGGCUGGGCAAAAUUCAACAAAGACGGUAACGUCGAGGUCACUAUGCACGACAGUAGUAAGCAAGUGUACACAGCAGAUCGGGUUCUGAUCGCCACGGGUGGUACACCUAUCAAGCCAGAUGGCAUUGAAGGUUAUGAGCUAGGAAUUGACUCUGACGACUUCUUCAAACUUGAAAAACAGCCCAAAAAAGUGGUGGUUUCCGGUGCAGGCUACAUCGGUGUUGAGCUAGCCGGUGUAUUCCACGGUCUGGGCACCGAAACACACAUGGUUAUCAGAGGAGAGACCUUGUUGCGUAAGUUUGACGACACUAUUCAAAAUACGAUCACUGACCAUUACGUUAGCGAAGGUAUCAACAUUCAUAAAAGCGCCAAGAUCUGCAAAUUGGAAAAAGACGACAAAUCCGGUAAAUUGACAGCUUUCCUAGACAAUGGAGACACCAUUAAAGAUGUCGAUGAGGUUUUGUGGACUAUUGGUCGUAAAACCCAAUUGGGUUUCGGCUGCGAACACGUUGGUGUCGAACUCAACGACAGACAGCAGGUCAUCGUGGAUGAAUAUCAGAAUACAACUGCAUCUAACAUUUACUCAUUAGGUGACGUUGUAGGUAAGGUUGAACUGACUCCAGUGGCCAUUGCCGCGGGCAGAAAGCUGUCCAAUAGAAUUUUCGGUCCCAAGGAGUUUGCCAACCAAAAGCAAGACUACGAAAAUGUGCCAAGUGUGAUUUUCUCCCAUCCUGAAGCCGGUUCCAUUGGUUUGACUGAGAAGGAAGCCAUUGACAAGUACGGCAAGGAGAACAUUAAAGUCUACAAGAGUAAAUUCACUGCCAUGUACUACGCCAUGCUAGAACAUAAAUCGCCUACGUCAUACAAAUUGGUAUGUGCAGGUGAAGACGAAAAAGUCGUUGGUUUACACAUCGUGGGAGACUCCUCAGCUGAAAUUUUGCAAGGUUUCGGGGUCGCCAUUAAAAUGGGUGCUACUAAGGCUGACUUCGACUCUUGUGUUGCAAUUCACCCUACCAGCGCAGAAGAAUUGGUGACUUUGAGAUAA